UACGUGCACAAAAGAACACAGUGAUGUAUGUCACCAUAAUAUUGAGUAUCGUGAUCCUGAUUUUAAUAGCAGUUGGGCAUAAAAUAAAAAAACAACCGCCAGGUCCGUUCCCGUGGCCGUUUAUCGGCAAUGUCUUAUUACUGACGAGUUUAUCCCGUAAAUUGGGAGCACAGCAUUUAGCGUUCCUAGAACUGUCUAAACGAUACAACAGCAAUCUGAUAAAUUAUUAUAUAGGGUCCAAAAGGAUUUUGGUGGUUUCUGGAAAUAAAUAUAUUCAAACGGUACUAAACACUCCGGAGUUCAAUGGCCGUCCUUGGGACUUGUUUAUCCAAGUGCGCAAUUUUGGAAAGAAGACAGGUGUCACGAUGAACGACGGAGACGACUGGAAGGAGUUACGUAGUUGGACGGAGCGGUCCAUGAGAUAUAUCGGUUUUGGGAGAACGGAGAUGUUUGAAAUAAUCAAAAAUGAACUGACCACGAUCCUGACCAAAUUGCAGCAAGGAGGUGCACAAAGAUUGAAACCUCUCAUUAACCCGGUGGGGAUAAACGUUAUUUGGACUUUAGCUACAGGGAAACCAUUCGCCGAGGGCCAGAAGUUACAGUAUUUUACUGACUUGAUGGAACGUCGAUCGCGAGCCUUCGAAAUGAGCGGCAGCGUUCUUUCUGCUUUCCCUUGGCUUCGUUACGUUGCACCUGAGAUCUCCGGGUAUAACGUUAUUAGGAUGUUGAACAACGAGCUCAAGGACUUCGUGACGGAAACCAUCGCUGAACAUAAAAAACGAUGUACAGAGAACAAAGAAGACUUGAUAGAUAUGUUUCUUAACAAAAUAGAGAACGACAGUGAACCUACUUCACUUUUCACUGAGGAGCAGUUGACGAUGAUAUUGGUUGACCUAUUCCUCGCGGGUUGCACCACCAUUAGCACAAGUCUGGACUUCGUGUUUAUAAAUAUGGUGUUGCAUCAGGACAUUCAACGGAAGGUGCAACAGGAAAUCGAUUCGAUGAUUCCGAAAGACAGGCUACCGGAUUUGAGUGAUCGGCCAAAGCUCCCUUACACAGAAGCUGUAAUAAAAGAAACGCAGCGAAUGUGGCCAAUAUUUCCAAUAAUCGGACCGCGAAGAGUUCUCGCUGACACAAAGCUCGGCGAUUAUUACAUAGAAAAGGAUUCCACCGUGAUAAUCAACAUAUAUUCUGCUAACAUGGAUCCCGAUUCAUUUCCAGAUCCCCAUAGCUUUAUACCCGAAAGAUUCAUAGAGAACGGAGUCCGUAAAUCAGAUGCAGACUUCGUAACUUUUGGAAAAGGUAAACGGCGAUGUCCAGGUCAGGCAAUAGCAACAGCCGCGAUGUUUCUGUUAUUCACAGGUAUACUGCAGAGAUACUCUAUACUUCCGGUACCUGGCAAAGAACCGACCUCCAUAGAAAUUUCUUCUGGCCUAGCGAUCACACCCAAGCCCUACGAGAUAUUAGCUGUGCCACGAUAAUUCAUCAUGUGAUUUUGUUCAGUGAUUGUUCGCAUUGUACUGACCUUUGUGCAGUUAACAGAGUAAUUCUAUGUGGAUAUAUUUAUAACUGACAAAAAAAUGAUGGUCAGAUAUACAUUGUCUACAAUAAUACUGCACGAUAAGCGAUGUCAGUGCGAACUAAAAAACUAAAAGAAAAAUAAAGACGAAGAAAAGAAUGCAUUCGUGUAUUUUUGUUUGAACGUAUCGAUUAAGAUGAUGCAGUUGUUCACUGUGUUUUUAUUGCUUGAGAUCGGUUUUUAUUUUAAUAAAAAAAGGCGCCGAAGUUCUUGAUCUUCGAAACGAUAGUUCGACCUGUUAACCGGCAGCUCGUUUGUUUGACUUCAACAAAUUUUUCUCUCGGAUAUUGUUUAUUGUUUCUGCUGCGUGAAAGUCGUUUUAUGCGUUCGACGAAAUCGGCUCGUUUCGUAGAAGUCCAAAUGUACCUUCGCCCCAGCGUCACGUGGCGAUUCGGUCCUUUUAUAUUGAGUCGUGGCUGCUAAAUAUUUUCUUGUUAAUACGGAAUAGAUCGCUUAAAAACACGACACCGACUGUACCGUCGAAGUACAAAAAUGUGUAUUAUAAAUU